AUGGAAAAAAAGGCUAAACAUCAGAAAGAGCAGGGACAGAAAGGUGAAAGUAACCUGGAGAAAUGGAAAAAGGAAAUGGAAGAAAAGGUGGAGAAGCUAGAAGUUCAGAUCAGCAAGCUGGAGGAAGGGAAGGCUUCCAUGAAGAACUUCUUGAUUCUGAUUCCAGAGAUCCUCAACUCUACAACUAGGAACAUGGAGGAAAUAGCCAAACACCUUUAUGGUCCCAUCCCUACCAAGUCUAUUAUGGACCUUAAUGCUAAACAGGCUACUACUGAGGCUAGGAAUGUGGAUAGUGCUCCUAGAGGUAAGAAUUGCAAGACAAUCGUGGCUCUCUAUGUAGUCCAUUCAUUUGUGAUGGAUCAAACGCUGCCUUUUGUGAAUGAUCUUCCGGCAUUCCAUUUCCUUCGUACCCCCACUCUACAAGGGGCUCUUAUUUUCCUCUUCGCAGCUUCACUAAUUUCCACAUUUGUUUCCCUAGCCUUUCUGUUGUCAUCAACUAAGGAGAAGAAGUAUCCUCCAUCUCCACCAAGGCUGCCAUUGCUGGGCAAUUUGCAUCAUCUGAACAAGGGUGAAAAUCUUCUUUCCACCUUGACAGACAUGGCCAAAACAUAUGGUCCGGUCAUGACAGUUUGGAUGGGUCCGUUGCCAGUUAUAGUCCUCACCGGCCAAGCUCCAAUCUGGGAGGCCCUGGUUAAUCAGGCCGUCAAUUUUUCUGGUCGGCACUUAUUCUACUCUAGGCAAUUCAUUACUGCCUCUUACAGGACUAUAUUUAGUUCUCCCUACAACGAGCAUUGGAUUAAGCUCAGAAAGCUUCUGCACAACAAUGUUCUCAGCCCAGCCCAUGUUGAACUUCAGAGCUCUUCUCACCAGGCAAGUGUGAAUAAACUCAUCAACAACUUAGAAAAGGAGAUGGAAGAGAACAAUGGCGUUGUGAGGCCCCUUCAUGCCUUGAAAAUGAUGGCAAUGAGUUUUAUUGCCCCCUUAUGCUUUGGCUUAGACUUUCAAGACGAUAACUUCUUGUCCAAGCUGGAAGAAUUCAUAGCUGAAGAUAUUAGCCUGGCUAAAAGAGGAGAUACAUUUCUGGAUUUAUUUCCUCUUAGUCGCUUCUUUGUCCCUUCAUCAAUCAGAACUGAAAGGAAAUUCAAGUCUCUGCGAGAUGAUAUUCUGCAUCUCCUGUUGCCUUUUAUCCGAUUUGCUCGCAGUUAUAGAGAAUGCUUUAAGCGGUCUGCUCCCAGCAGUUUCUUGUAUUGUUUACUGUCCAUUGGACAAGGGGAGGAGGCUGAACAUAAAUCAAAGUUAUCCGAUGAAGAGAUAGCUUUCAAUUUGUAUGAGCUGUUCGUUCUCGCAGUAGACAGCACAUCCACGGCCAUAGAAUGGGCUCUGGCUUACCUGAUAGCCAACCCUCACAUCCAAGAGAGGGCUUUUCAAGAAAUAAGCCAAGCAGCGCAGGAAGGAAAAGGUGGGUUGCUAAGUUUUAAGGAUUUGAGGAAGCUUCCAUACUUACAAAGUGUGGUGAAGGAAACGGUGAGAAAAGAAUCGAUUGCCCCAUUUGGGAUGUUUCACCAUACAGAAAACGAAUGUAAGGUCAUGGACAUCACCAUACCUGAGAAGUCAGUAGUUCUCUUUAAUCUACACAGCGUGUCCAACGAUCCUGAGCUUUGGAAAGAGCCCGAGGAGUUCAGGCCUGACAGAUUUCUCGACAAGAAUGAGUCGGAAAAGGUAAGAAUGGCAUAUCUUCCGUUUGGAGCAGGAAGGCGUGUGUGCGCAGGAAUGGACGUGGCCAGCGUGUAUGUUCCCAUCACUCUUGCCAAUUUACUUAAAUCAUUUGAGUGGGGAUGUGUGAAGGAAGGUAGUCUGCCUGAUCUUAGUCGGGAUGUUUCAGGUCUGCUCAUGUCCAUGAAGUAUUCAUUGGAAGCUCGAAUUACACCUCGUCCAUCAUGA